GAUUGAACAACUUUGGCUUUACGCUCUACCCAACAGAACAACAUUCAUCCACAAACAUAAUCGCAUCUCUUGCGUCAUCCGCAGAUCAAGCCAUAGUAUAUUACGGACCAUUACAUUCAAUCGAGAAUCCUUUAUUUAUCCAUUAAGACUGCUUAUACGCCACGACUGCGUAUCGUCGCUUUCAGUCAAAAUGGCGGACAACAGCAAGCAGCAUAAGUAUAGGCAGGAGAUUCAGCAGAUGAUGUACGUCUCUGGUGAGACGGGAGAGCCUUCUGUUGAGACUACUACUAUAAUCGAGGAGAUUGUUCGGCAGCAAGUGAUUGAAAUGCUGCGAAGCUGUACUGAAUUGGCUACGCGCCGUGGCUCCCGAUCCAUCACUAUUAAUGACCUGAUAUUUCAAAUCCGCGACGAUGCGCCUAAAGUUUCACGUCUUAGGACCUUCUUAUCAUGGAAGGAUGUUCGCAAGAGCGCCAAGGAUUCCGACGACAAAGGCGGAGAAGCCGAUUUGGGUGUUGCUGAUGACCCUGCCGGAGCCGUUAUGCCUGGUGGCCCCGCAGUAGAAGAGGCCGCUAAGAAAAAUAAGAAGGCCAAAGUUAAGCUCCCUUGGGAGCCUUCCUCGUUCUAUAGCCAGGAAGUCCCGGAACGCGACGACGAGGAGGACGAGGAAGAAGAGGAAAUGAAUUACAUCACACUUCAACGACUGCGCAAAGCCGACGAGCGGACAAAGGCGAUGACUAGGGAGGAAUACGUCACAUGGUCCGAAUAUCGACAGGCAUCAUUCACAUACCGAAAGGGCAAGCGAUUUAGGGAGUGGGCCGGUUUUGGUAUCGUAACAGACAGUAAGCCCUCAGAUGAUAUCGUCGAUAUCCUGGGUUUCUUGACCUUCGAGAUGGUCCAGACGCUCACGGAGGAGGCGCUCAAGAUCAAGGAGCAAGAAGACCUAUGGAAGGAACGGAGCGGUGGCGAUAACCCAGGCACCAAGAAGCGGAAGCUCACCCAAGGAUUGUUCGAUCUACCCAGUGAGGGUAGGAUCCCCGUUGAAGCGCGCCACAUUCAAGAGGCUUUUCGGAGACUCCAGACCCGGCCGAAGAGAUCUCGGGCUAUGCUGAACGGGACAAACCUACAGCAGAGAACCAACCUGAAGUUAUUCUAAUGGAUUCACGGAGGGGAGCAACAUCCAGUUACGCUCCUAGUCCGAAUCUUCUCCAAGUUUAUCAAAGUUUACGGGUUUAUGAGUUUAAUUCAUAGCGAAUGCGGAAGACCAGCGACAACGGAAAUGUCCUUGUGAGGAAUACCCAGGAGGAAUGGCGUUUUAGGAGCUCCGAUUUUUAUUUACAACUUUUUAAUGCGUUCAGAUAUGCGCUCUUCUCUGACGGAUUAUUCCGUAUGGGCGGUGAAAUCAUCAUUACUCGGUAGACUUGGAA